GGUGGGUGACAGGGCAUGCGCACCAGGCCUCACGGGUACAUCGCUCUGGUCCUUGGCCUAGUUUGAUUCCUGCGCAAUCUCGGGACGAACUUUCGAAUCUUUUCCUGAAAAGAGCGCAUUGCCAAACACAGGCCCUUUUCUAUGAUGAAUAAUUUUCGGAAAUUCACACAAAUACGUCACCCAAGCGGCUCGACUGUCAAGGGGGGCGAGCUGCUAAGAGAGAGAGAAAAAAACAAAAAGAGAAUUUGAAAGAAACGGCCUCGAUUGCUAUUUAAGCAAAUGAACUGUCACUGUCAGCGCCGAGUUACUUACUUGGACAAGCGGUGGCAGAGUGGACGAAAGCACCGGUCUAACUCUACUCCAACUCCAAGCGCUUCAUUCACCACACCAAGUUUGUUCGCAAGAUCUUCUCGUGCGUGUGUCUUGUUUCGCUAGACUGAGGUGAUUCCCAGACGGUAGAAGAUCAAAGCCGACAUGGCAUCGAUGAUGUUCAUGCCACAACACCAGCCGGGAGGCCAUAUUUAUUUCAAAGACUUCCUCGACAACUUUGCCUCCAAGGAGGCACCUGAUGUGGCUGGAGAUAUAAGGCAGAUCAACCAUCAAUUCAGCUCUGGCGCUCAAGGAGGGGGUGAUACGGAAACAGGUGCAAAUCUACACGGGAUUGCGAGCAGGUUUGCCCAGUCGGAUGGAUGUAUUGAAGUCAAGCGUGAAGCGGCAAGGGUGAGCGCCAGACAGUCUUGGAGCGAAAUCGGGGGCAUUCUGAAGGAUGUCCUCCGCGCCAGCGCAGAGAAGAUGGCAUACCAUGUAGUGGUGGCUUUCUUCUUCCUCCUCUACGUUCUGGCGGCUGCAGCCAGGUUGUGCCUGUGGGUUCUGCGUGCUGCCUUCGACUUUGUGUACAACGGCAUCACUACCAUCAUAAACACCGCCGUAGAGGCAAUUGGAGGCUGGCGGAACGUCUUCAAGAUAGCCGUGGUAGCCGGGGCGUGCGCCAUCUUUGGCCCUGUGGGUCUGUUAGCUGCCCCUGUCGCCAUGAUGCUGUAGCCACUGCCAGGAUCUUGGGUCCAUUACUUGCACUACAACUACAACCAGGACAGGCUUUUUAGUUUGAAAGCCUUGAAAACUCAAGAAUACGAACCAAGUUCAUGACCGCCUAGUCGGGGAUUCGAACCAGGGCUAUCCGUUCCUUAGUCCAGCAUGAUAUAUUAGGAAUGGCAGGUUGUGAAAGAUCAGACUAUAAUCAGAACCAUCAGAAAAAGACUUUGAAUUGAGAUUCUUUGGCCACAAAAAUAAAUCAAUAAGUGGACUAGAAACUUAAACUGUUGCUGUACUGUGUGGAAAGAUAGAGGGAAAGAAGAGCAGAGGAAGACAAAGAAUAAUAUACACAGAUGGCCCGAACAACAUUGCAACAGAUAACACAAAGAGAAACAGCGAGGUGAUCAAGAAGACAGACAACGGGAAGGAAUGGAGUACACGGUACCAUGAUGAUCGUCAAUGUCUGCCCCAGACCUGACACCUGAAAAAGAAGAUACAUUCAUUAGGCCCAACUUAUGACAGUCUCGGUUACAACAGGACUUCAGCUAUGGCAGGCUUAAGAAGCUAAUAAAUCCCAGAAUCCGAUCUCUUA